AUGGUUGAUAUCUCUUCUCCAGCCACUCCUCCUCAUGCCGCCGCCGAUCCCGUCGAGGAUGUUCCGGCCGACUUUCACCUCGACUACGUUUCUGCCAAAACAGAGACUGACGACGCUACCGGUUCAUCACAUGGUAGGCGUCGCUAUGCGCGGAAGAUGGGCGAGUCCGAGCUCGCGUACUACCUUCCUUCGCGCCAGAACGGAGUGAACGAUAUGUACUUGCAUCUCGGCUUCAAAGCGUCCGCGCAUAUCGUCCAGCGCUCUCGAGUGUGCACAGUGUGGGCCAUUUUGCGUAUCCGCCAUCCGAUGCUCUGCGCGCGCGUGGAGAUGCGUGAUUAUGAUGAUGUAGGGUUCAUCUAUGACGCUCCUACAUCGCCGGUCGACGCCUACCAUGACGCAGAUACUCGCCUAGAAUACCGCACACAGUCACAGGAAGAACUAAUCAAUGCUCACCUGAACGGACCGCGGACUCUCUCAGAUUCUAGGUUGUCAUACCUCACCAUCUCUGAGCCCCCGACCUCGUCAAGCCUUAUGCUUACGCCGCCUCGUACCCCAUCACCCAUCAACCGUAUGCUCGACCAUAAACAUGUGCCUAAACACAACAACGAGGCAGAGCCCUGGCGGCAGUACGAGUUCCUACUAUGCACUACCCACUUCGUCGGCGACGGUAUGGCGCUGCAUCAAUUUGGGAACGACUUCUUCACCCUCCUCGCUGGUGGAAGGUCUGACGACGAGCUCAAAGAACUCUUACGUGAAGAGUGGCAUGUCCGAUGGCGUGUUCCUCCCGAAACGUUACGCCGCACCGCCGCGCAAGUCGACUUCCAGCUCUCGCAGCAGCGACUCGUCGGUGGACAAGUCUUCCCCCGACGAGCGCACCCCGAGCGACACAGCAUCAUCCCCACCGCCAGCUUCACCGAAGACCGCACGAAGGCGAUCCUGCAGAACUGCAAGGCCCACGGCGUCUCCAUCUCCGCCGCGCUCUUCGCCAUCUGCAACCUCGCGUGGGCGCGCAUGGGCGCGGGCGGAGACAAGACCGCGCCCACGCUCAUGUACUCUGCGCUGAACCUCCGCCCAUACUUCUCGCCCUCGCGCGCGCGCCCCGCGCCGUGGGACUCGUACUGGUACCUGGCGCUCGGGUAUUUCCACGUCGUGCUCCCGAGCUUCCUUCCAUCCGAUCCCGCGCUGGUGGCGCGAACGUUCUGGCUGCGUGCGCGUCAGGCGAAGGAGCAGAGCACUCGCGCUGCGCGGAGCCCGCUUGCGGCCUCUCGGACGCACGAGAUGGCCCGGGAACGCGCAGAUCGUGCGCGUGCAUGGGCGAAGGAGGAUCGCGCUCGCGAGAAGGGUACUUGGAUGGCCUCCUGCCCUAGCACCCGCCAAAGCUCGGACGUGGACUCGCCUCCGAAGGUGUCUGUGCUUCCGGAACGCGCAAAAGCAUCGUCGGCAGCCUUCAUGGGCCUCUCGAUGCUGGGCAACCUGGACGGCAUCUACAAUCAUGCUGCGUUCCCUGAAGCCGGGGUCCAUACGCUCACGACGGGCUCGCGGCAGCGUCAUGGUGCGAUGCUUCUCUUGGCGUACACGUUCAAGGGCCGAUUGCGCAUCAUCCUGGGAUACGACAGCAAUGGCUUUGAAGGUGACGUUGUGGAUCGCUUCUGGAAGGAGGCUCUGGGGUGUGUCGAUGAGUUCCUGGGGUGA